GCCCUGGACUAGCAUGAAACACCAGCCAGGAUCUCCCGGCCCACCUUCUGGCUUCCCAGCGCUGUCCUUGGCCAUGGCUGCCCAGCGUGCCUCCUGGCCCGCCCUCUUGGCCUGCUCUCUCCUGGUGGGGUCCUUCUUGGCUGGGCAGGCCAGCCCGCCAGGGUCUCCCUGCGAGCAGCAGGUCCGCGCCCGCAAGCCCUCCUUGGACUCCUUGCAGGGCCAGGGGGUCUGGGUGCCCCUGAUGAUUGUGCUGGGCGGCUGCUGCGGGCUGGCCUGGUGCGUCCUCUUCAUCAGCUACGACGUCAGCCAAACUGGAGGCCGGCAGGAGUUGCCGCAGAUCCCCGGCAAGGAGGCCGGCGAGGCAGCCCUGGACUGCUGCUGCCCGGAGGAGGAGCCCAGCCAGGCCGGGAGCGAAGCAAAGAGUCAAGGCGCCGGCGCUGCCCCUGCCGGCAGAGAGGGGCUCGGAGGGGGCGGCCCCAGCCUGCCAGGGGAGCCCACGGCCAGCCCCGCCCCGGAGAAGCCGGAAGACGACUGCCUGUGGGGCCAGCUGGAGAAGGAGCUGGAGAGGCUCUUGCUGCUGCUGCGCCAGCACCGCGGCAGCAGCCAGCCGGGCGCCCCCGGGGCCAAGGAGGCCCUGGGCAGCCCCGCAGCCCCCCCGGAGGCGGCCCUGCCCAAGGAGGCCUCCCAGAGCCCCAGCAGCGAAGAAGCCGCCGUUCCGUGCAGCGAGCGCCGCGGCGGCGGCGGCACCCGGGGCAAGAAGAGGAAGAGCAGCAGCAGCAGCAGCAGCAGCCAGAGGCGGCGGCGGAGGAGAGGGGCCAAGAAAUAAUAAACGUGCGCCGCAGGAAGAGAAAACCUCCCCCGGGCUGGGCUCUCUGUGCGGCGGCCGGCAGGCAGGCAGGCA